GCUUUAUUGUUUGCUUGUUUGGUUCCGGAGUCGGGGCCGGGAGGAAGUGCAGGAGGAGGAAUCCAAGCUUCCGAGCCUCUGCUCCGCUCUCCUUCUAUCCAGUUGGUCUUUAGGGCACUGAAGGAAACUCUUCUUCAGAAAUAACCUUUUAACUUUGCUUCUGUCAGCUGCCUGCCAAUCAAGGAGCCAGAGGCUGAGGGGAGGCUUUGAGCCGGGCGGCAAGUCCAGAAGGCAAAGAUCGCGAAGCUUGGCGCUUCAGAGCUCUCAUGGGGCAGGUGACACAGUCGUGGGUUCCCCGGCGGGCGCUGGCUUGACAGUUUCCUCCCCGCCUACUGGCAGGGGAGCGCCCCGCCGGGCUGCACGCGCGCGCGCGCGCGCAGGGGGGACAUAAAAGCCUCGGCCGCGCGGAGACGCGGAGCUCGCCCACCGCCCGCCCCAGCAGUGGCUGCACCAUGCACGUGAACGGCAAAGUGGCGCUGGUGACCGGCGCGGCUCAGGGCAUAGGCAGAGCCUUUGCAGAGGCGCUGCUGCUUAAGGGCGCCAAGGUAGCGCUGGUGGAUUGGAAUCUUGAAACAGGUGUACAGUGUAAAGCUGCCCUGGAUGAGCAAUUUGAACCUCAGAAGACUCUGUUCAUCCAGUGUGAUGUGGCUGACCAGCAACAACUGAGAGGUUUCUGUUAUCAGUGGAACCUAUCUCGGUUUGGAUUACAUGAGUAAGCAAAAUGGAGGUGAAGGUGGCAUCAUUAUCAAUAUGUCAUCUUUAGCAGGACUCAUGCCCGUUGCACAGCAGCCGGUUUAUUGUGCUUCAAAGCAUGGCAUAGUUGGAUUCACACGCUCAGCAGCGUUGGCUGCUAAUCUUAUGAACAGUGGUGUGAGACUGAAUGCCAUUUGUCCAGGCUUUGUUAACACAGCCAUCCUUGAAUCGAUUGAAAAAGAAGAAAACAUGGGACAAUAUAUAGAAUAUAAGGAUCAUAUCAAGGAUAUGAUUAAAUACUAUGGAAUUUUGGACCCACCAUUGAUUGCCAGUGGAUUGAUAACACUCAUUGAAGAUGAUGCUUUAAAUGGUGCUAUUAUGAAGAUCACAACUUCUAAGGGAAUUCAUUUUCAAGACUAUGAUACAACUCCAUUUCAAGCAAAAACCCAAUGAACAGCUUAUAUGUUAGCCGUAGCUGAAAAUAAGCACAAAUAGCUUAUAUUCAGACCCUAUCUUCAUUUGAAUAUAGCUUUUAAAUGAAAUGUUAGUUUGAAGUUUUCCUUCAUGCACUUGAUGGUAAAUGUUUUCUAAAUUUUUAGUUAAGUAUAUGGAUAAAAAGUUAUGAACUAUUAAAAAUGUGAUGUGGACCGAAGCUAGGUUGUAAUCCUGAUAGUCUAAAAAAUGAUCAAAACAAACGAUUUUCAAGGAAUAUUCAAUAUUCUGCCUUUCAGAAAGUGUAUUUAUAUCUGUGCUUCAUAAAUGUUAAUGUUCUUCAGAACAUCAUUUUAAAGGAGAUACUUGAAUUGUUAUUUAAGUCAAACCAGAUGUAAAACACUCACAUACAAGUUCAUACUUUGAAAGAGGAAAGCUACUUAACAAUGACAAAUAUUUCAUAAUAAUAAUUUCUCCUUAUAUACUAUCUUUCAAUGAACAUUUCAGUUCUUCCAAGAGCUUCUUAAAGUAGUAUAUUUUGGGGGCAGUCAUUAAGGAAUAAACUACAGUGUAAACAUAUCCCAGAUGAAAACUGAUGUAUGGAAAAAUGACAGAAAGUAACUGAUUGACACUGUUGAUUCACAGUUCAGCCUCCCAUCUGGGAAAGACAUUUCUUUCCUCUGCUCACUUUAAGAACUUUAACCGACUCCAAAAAUCUCAGGAAUUGAACUUUUAACAGUUAUAGCAAUAAAGAAUAGUUAGUACUCCAAAAAUAUAUUUAAGAUGCUCAACAAGAAGAAAAUGCAAAUGUAAUAUUUUUUCAAAUUACUUCUUUGUUGACCUGUAAAAAUUUCAAAAGUGCCUACCCUUCAAUAAAACGUUUUUAUUCUAAUCUCCAUAAAUUACUUAGUCUUCUAUGUAUAGCUGUCAAGGAAACGAAACCAAUUUUGCCACAGCCACAACUGUAAAUGUUUUUGUACCUAUGCUGAAACUCAUAACAACACAGAGGUAAAAAUAGCUGUGAGGUUUUGCUUUUUUUGUUGUCAGUUAGCUUAAGAAUCAUUAAAUACACCUGCUUUGGGUAACACUCUUUGCAAGCAGUAAUUAACGCUAGUAACAAGCACAGGAUUUCCAAAUCAGUCGUUUUCUCAAAAAAAUAUUGUGUAAGUGACUCAUCCUGUCUGCUAACUCCAGACCUCCCAGCUUGAAGCAAAAUCCUUCCAUGUGAGAUUGAUAUGGAUUUCCUAGAAGUACUGGAAUGUUAUCAUAUCUUGCCCUAUUUAAUUCUGCUAUAGAAAACGAUUGCCUUCACUUUUAAGGAGUAAUUUGAAUAUGAAUAACUGUAGUCUAGAUUUUCAUAUAAUGUAUUAAAGACAAAGUAGUGAACAUCAAUGAACACCUGAUAGAGAUAAAUUGUAAUCAGGCAUAAGCUUGUUUGUAUGUUCUGGCAGUGACCAAUCAGUAAAUGAUGUCGGUUUGCCCAGUAUCACUUAUCUUCUGUAUUUUUCCUCUGUCGUGUAAAUAGUAUAAACUUUUCAUUUAUGGACAAUUUUUUGGACUAGUAGCCUUCAAUAUACAUUCUGCUUUGAAUUAAUUUUUUCAAAUCAAUAAACUAUGUAGACAUUUAAAAUCAAAUAUCAGGUAGAACUGAAAAAUGUGAGUUACGUAAGUUAAAAACUUACUUUAAAUCUUACCUUCUAUAGGUAGCUCUAAAUAAAUUCAUAUGGUUAUAUGAUAUCUCUGGUGUAUACCGGUUGAGAAAAUAAUUAAAUUGAAGUGCAGGGGAGGGG